CCAUGUAUAUAGGAGCAAAUAUAAAUUUGAAUAUCAGAGAGAGUAAGGAGAGUGAAAAUGGAGGAUAUGCCACCAGGAUUUCGGUUCUAUCCAACUGAAGAAGAGUUGGUUUCGUUUUAUCUCCAUAACAAGUUAGAAGCUAACAGAGGCGAUCUCAACGAUGUUAUGAACCGCGUUAUACCAGUUGUCGACGUUUACGAUUACAAUCCAUGGGAUCUUCCUCAAUUCUCAGUAUACCUAUGUCAUAAUGACCCAGAGCAAUGGUUUUUCUUCAUUCCAAGGCAAGAGAGUGAAGCUCGAGGAGGGAGACCAAAGCGGCUCACAACAUGUGGGUAUUGGAAAGCCACUGGCUCUCCUGGUUACGUUUACUCUUUCAACAGUCGCCCCAUCGGCGUAAAGCGAACCAUGGUCUUCUACAAUGGAAGAGCCCCUAAUGGGAAGAAAACUGACUGGAAAAUGAACGAAUAUAAAGCUAUUCAAGGCCAAGCAUCCUCCGCUAAUGGAACUGCACCUCCAACUUUAAGACAAGAAUUCAGUUUAUGCCGAAUCUAUAAGAAAUCAAAAUGUUUGAGGUCAUUCGAUAGGCGUCCACCACCAGGGAUAUUAAAGAUCGGAGAGUCAAUCCCUAUUAAUCAAACUUUUCAAACAGGAGAAAAGGAUGACUCAUCGACGAUGAUCGAUGCCGGUGAUCACCAAUAUUCAUUUUGGGAUGUGGAUGGGUUUUGGAAUCCGGUUGAUUAGUGAUGUGUGUAUGUGGAGAGCUUCAAGAGUUAGAAUCAAGUUUGCAUGAAUAAUAAUGGUGCGACAUUUUGCAUGAAA